AUGCCCACCCAGGCACACAUCUCCCAUGACUGCUACAGGAGGAAAAUGGCCGCUGCAGUCGGACAUGACAGCCCAAAGCAGGGAUAUGCAGCGAUAAUCGACCUCACCCGGGAGCUGAACGACGCUCCAAACACUCCCGCCGACACCCAGGCAGCAACGGUGUCCAUCCUGAAGUCGCUGUUUCCCCCCUGGCUGCCGGGUGCCUUUGCUGUGAUGUUCUCCAAGCCCUUCCCCGCCUUCUCUGCGAGAUUGAAUGCUUGGGCCACGGCAGUCACCUGCCAGUGGCUGAUGGGGCCCUGCUCGGUAAUGGCCGUGGACGAUGGGGACGGUCAGCCAAAGGCCGGCCAGGGCGUGAAAGUCGAGAGGCACGUGGACUGCUGGCAUUGCUCGUGUAGGUACCUGGAGGAGUCAGGGUGCGCUUCCGUCUGCCUGAACAGCUGCAAGUUCCCCACCCAGCGAUUUUUCAUGGAGGACAUGGGACUGCCUCUCACGAUGACGCCAAACUACGGCGAUUUCAGGUGA